AUGUCCACAACACCAGCGACCGCGUCGAAGACAUUGAAGAACAGUUGCGUUCUUGUUUUCGAUGGCAACUCCGACACUAUUAAUGAAUGUCUUCGACGUCAUCUGCGCAAAUUGGAGAAGACCAAUAGAACAAACAAAAAGAAUGCUCGUAAGGGUGCUUCACAUCCGACCAAACUAGUAUUUCUAAUUUACUUUGACGAUGGAGUCAACGAACAGAAAGGACCAAUUUCACGUCCGACACCACCGAUAUCGCCGUUCAAUCGUUUGUCGGUGAGUUCGACGUCGUUACCAUUGGUCUCAAUUCCACCACGAUUAAUUCCAUUGGCAACAACAACUACUUGUUUAAUUUUACCGAUAGUUCUUCCACCAUCAUCACCAGCUGCUGCUUCACCAACUAUUACUUCGCCAUCAUCACCUACUGCAAUGGAAACUGUUACAUCUAAUAAAAUGCAGUUUAUCUGUUCAAUUACCAAAGAAAACGAGCCCGCAUGGUUAAUUGGAUUGAAACAGUUUCAUCACGACGCACUAAGACCAGUUGACAAGCAAAUUCAACGAUUGAGUGAUGAUCAUCGAAUAGUUGAAGAUCAUUUGAAUGAAGCUGAAGAAAUGAUCACGUCAACUGCUGAACAGAAAAAGCAACUGGAUGAAGAAUGCCGCCCAGGACAAUGGUUCCUGAAUCAUGGUGUCCUCUCAUCAAAAACAACGAUCAAACGUUUGAAUCAAGACGGUGGUCGACGAAAAUCAUUUGUUUUGUGA